GCCAUAAUGGCUACUUGCCUCGGUGAGUUUUUUCGGAGUUUAAAGCAAGGCGUCGAAAGAGUUGAGCAAACUUCGCGUAAAGACAUUGAGGUUAAAGUAAGGCAAAUGGCGCAGUCUGAGAGUCCAAGAAGGCGGACAGACACCUCUGUGGUGCACCUACCAGAACCAUGCAAAACUCAAGAUGCCUCUGAACAGUCUCAGCCCAGUCUUGGAAAUUACUUGGACAGAUUGCCUGCAGAGGUCCUCCUGAAGAUUUUUGACUUUCUGGAUGCUUCUUCUCUCUUUAACAUCAGCUUUGUCAGCAAAAGGUUUCAUGAUCUGGCUAACAACAAUGCUCUGUGGUAUGUGUUAUACGCUUGUGAGAUUGAGAAGAGAAGGUGGAAGCCCCGAGUGUGUAGGGCGUCAGAAGCCGUGAGCACUACAGGUGUGCAGGAUAAACCUGUGGGCUACUGGAAGAAACUGCUCUUCAAGGAAAUGGCCACUAAUGGCUACCAGAACAAUAUGUGGAAAAGCGAGCUGAGACACAUGAACCCGCACACAGGGAUGCCUGCUCUAACGGAGCAAGUUCUCAGGAGGUUACACAUUCAGUGGGAGAUUACACUAACACGAAAAAAUGGCCGUGAAAGUGUCUACGAGCAGACAAGCACGUUCUUCGAAGACUCGUCGGUUACGGUUUGCUGGAACCAUGGGAACUGGCCGCACAUCAACCGUGUCAAUAGCCUACAGCUUCAUGGGAUAAUGCGUCCAGCAGUGCUGGCUCCAGGAGACAGGCCAACGUGGCGAUCUUUGAUUCUCGAAACGCUGUUGAACGCAGCACAGUGGUCGUUCCUUGGAGCUGAUAGACAUGUGAAGUUGCUGCAGUUUGGUGAAGGAAUCGUUGUUGGGUUCUGGCGGGGCAAUUGGAAAAUAGCUUUCAUCAUGGUCACCCUGCACUUCCACAAACUGAUUGAAAGAAGUCUCCUUGGCUCACGAUUUUGUCCUUACAUACUGACACAAGACAGUGCUUUUGACCCAGACUGCGAUCAACAUGGAUACACUCUGCAUAUUGUACUCCACAAUCCUGUUCAGCGAAUCAUGCAUUGCCACUUUUCCCCACUAUUCUUGAGCAAAGCGACGCCCAUGGGGGAUUUUUGGCAGUUAAGUGCCAUUGAUUUUACUGAUGUGUCAGAGCACAUACCUGUGGGGAAGAUCAGUCUUCCAUGGCAAACAGAGGGACUGCAUGAAGCUGCCGAGCGUUGCUGUAUGAUGACACUGACCGUUCUGGAUGAGGGUCAGCGUCCCUUCUGGUGUGUGAGUUCUCCUGUUAAGAUGCUGUCCAAAAAAUACAGAUUGGUUGACUUGGACUACGAAGGUGAACAAUUGCUGCUAUUUUAUGUGGAUGCAGAGGGCAAAGUUAAAAUGACCUUUGUGUUUGUGGAGGAAUUCCAGCAGUACUUUCUGGUUCAGCUAAAUGUUAUAUUCCCUGCAGCUAAAGUGAACAAGCACGUAGGCGGAGAAUGCUGAAACUGCCAAGAUGUCUGCUUGAUUUUGUUUUAGAAAUUAUUUUGUUUUAGAAUGCCUGUGGCAGUGCUUUGAGUUGAAAAAAGAUGAGAACUGGUUAUUUGUUGAUGAAAACUUUUUUUGCUAUAGUAAGUUUGAGAAAUGUUGUGGUUGAUUUGGUAGUUGGAGUUUAGUGUUUUGUUCAAAGUCCUAAAAAAGCCAAUCAAAAAUGUUUUUUUAGCAUUUGUAGCUAGUCAAAUAAUAGCUUGUAGAUUCGUUUUCAUGAAGCAGAAUAAACAGAGAUGAAACUUGGUGUGAUGUUUACUGAGUAAUUAAACUGCUAACCAAAACUUUGUAUUUAUAUGAGUGAUUUAUUAA